UUCCAAAAAUCGAGAAAGAGAGAAGACCAUCAUCGCCGCACCGCUUUGAGAGUCACUCCUCCCUCCCCGGAGAAGAACCAAAUUCACCAUUAGCUUCUUCUUCUUCUUCUUCGGUUCUCUCCCUCCAAAUUUUGAAACCCUAAAAUCCUAUUCUCCUUCGAUUACUUCACGUCUCUAUCGGAACUUUUAACGGCGAGGAAUCUGACGUAUUCAGGUGUUUCCGACGUAUUAUUUUGUUUAACAAUAUGACGUCGUUGGCUCUGAGUUCUCCUCCCGCCGUUAAGACUCCUUCGUAUAUGUCCUCGUCGUCUUCAUCUUUCUUCUCUCGUUCCUCGAUUUUAUUCAGGAACACUGAGUCUCGCUCCCGCAUCUGCGUUUCUCUCCCGAAAUGCAAUUUGCCCAAGGCACUGAAUGUUGGAAACGGGAACGCUCGUGCUCCCAUCAUCAAUGAGACGACAAUUCCAAAGUUCUUUGAUUCUUCUCGGUUGGAGAAAUCAGUCAGUAGAAACAAUACCAAGCUCAAGUUGUUCUCUGGUACUGCUAAUCCAGCUCUUUCUCAGGAAAUUGCUUGGUAUAUGGGCCUGGAGCUUGGGAAGGUUAGCAUAAAGAGAUUUGCUGAUGGAGAGAUCUACGUUCAGCUGAAAGAGAGUGUUAGAGGUUGUGAUGUCUUCUUGGUGCAGCCUACUUGUACUCCGACUAAUGAGAAUCUCAUGGAGCUAUUGAUCAUGGUUGAUGCUUGCCGAAGAGCAUCUGCUAAGAAAGUUACUGCUGUGAUUCCGUAUUUUGGAUACGCAAGAGCUGAUAGAAAGACACAAGGGCGUGAAUCCAUUGCUGCCAAACUGGUUGCAAACCUAAUAACCGAAGCUGGUGCAGAUCGGGUUCUUGCAUGUGAUCUUCAUUCAGGACAGUCCAUGGGUUAUUUUGACAUACCGGUGGAUCAUGUCUAUUGCCAGCCUGUGAUACUUGAUUACCUUGCUAGCAAGUCAAUUUCCUCAGAGGAUUUGGUAGUGGUAUCUCCUGAUGUUGGUGGAGUAGCCAGGGCACGUGCAUUUGCUAAGAAAUUAUCUGAUGCGCCACUCGCCAUUGUCGAUAAAAGGCGUCAUGGUCACAAUGUUGCUGAAGUCAUGAACCUAAUCGGUGAUGUUAAAGGGAAAGUGGCAGUUAUGGUGGAUGACAUGAUUGAUACUGCUGGAACCAUUGUGAAAGGAGCUGCUCUUUUACAUGAGGAAGGUGCACGUGAGGUUUACGCUUGCUGCACGCACGCGGUUUUCAGUCCACCUGCAAUAGAGCGGUUAUCAAGCGGUUUGCUGCAAGAAGUGAUAGUGACGAACACUUUACCGGUAGCGGAGAAGAAUUACUUCCCACAGUUAACGAUUUUAUCGGUGGCUAAUCUUCUGGGUGAGACCAUUUGGCGUGUCCAUGAUGAUAGCUCCGUUAGUAGCAUUUUCCUUUGAUACUUGUCUUUGAUGUUCGGUUUAGGAUCGGUUUACCCAAACUCUUUUUUUUUUGGUUCUACGUCUUCUUCUUCUUCACAGUUUCUACUUUCUUCUAGUCUAACCAUGCAUGUUUUGCAUCUCUUUCUGACCCAAAUUUCAUCACUUGUCUGAGUUCUACCUUUUUCUUCUUUUUUAGUUUAGAGUUGUUAUCAAUAAUAUUUAAAAAAAUUCA